UGAAAGGCAUGAUAUUCUUGACAUCGGUGAUAUUUGGAACUAUAAUUUAUAUAAAUGUAGUUGUGUUUGAACGGAAAUUUGACUUUUAUAUGCCAGUGUGUAAAGAAUCAACCGUUUUGAAAAGGAUAAUUUCAUCAAUGAACCUAAAUUCUCCUAUGAAUUUGUCGCAAAACUCCGUGAAUUCCAGUGAAAACACAUCCAAUGUUACAGUUGUUACGGCCUUUUGGAAUCUUGGAACAUUUCAAAAAGGUUCAACAGGCAAACUACAUUUUUCGACGAACACUUACUUUUUAUGGGCCUCCUCAUUUAGAUAUCUUGUGAAUCCCUUAGUGGUAUACACAGACUCGAAAGAAUUUAAAGAGCUAAUGGAGAAACUAAGAGCUGAUCAGAUAAAUACUACAAUAAUUUAUCUGAUAAAUCGAACAGAUGUAUGGCCUUUUCAACUUACAGGGAAAAUAAAAGCUAUUUAUAGCCAACCAGGCUAUCCGAAACAUCACCCAAAUACGGUGAAUCCAGAGUAUGCUGCAGCUCAACAUGCCAAAUAUGCCGUUGUAGCGAAUACAGUGAGAAAACAAAUAUUCAGCUCUCUUUAUUACGUUUGGCUGGAUAUUGGAUAUUUUAGAGAUAUAACAAGCAGAAAAAAUUUUUUUGAAGUGAAUACUCCACCAUGUUUUGAAUCAGAUAAAUUAGCUAUAAAUCGCGUUAAAGACGUUUCAAUGGGUUUAGAUCCUUUAAAAAUAUUUAGAAACAAUCUUAUUUGGGUUGGUGGUGGAAUGUUUCUCGGAAGUCAAAAAGUAAUUCUUGAAUUUGAAAAAUUGUACCACAAAGCAGUGUUGUACUUCCUUAACCAAAACUUGAUGAAUACCGAUCAACAAGUGUUGUAUUCUUUGUAUAGUAGAAAGGGCAGAAAAACUCUUAAGCCAAACAUUGAACUUCAGUUAUACAUCCCAAAAGGGUCAGGAAAUCCAUGGUUUUAUUUAGGAUAUAUAUGUCUAAAAGAUGUUUAA